GGUGAACGCGUGACAUUUCGUUUCGAUGACAUACGGUGUGAGGUAUCGUUGUGUUGAAAAACAGCAUUUUUGUCCCAAAUCUGUGGAAGAUAUGCUGAUUUCUUGGUAAGGAACUGCCCACGUGGUGUCAUAGAGCCAAAGCAGAUGCAGCCGUAAGCCAUUGAAACUUUUCCAGGUUUCCAGUCUGUCAAGAUGAGUCUCACUAUUGAGCAAGUUUUGGACGAUGCCAAGCGACUUGUUGACCGAUUGCGAGAUCACGACAAUGCAGCCGACUCGCUGAUCGAGCAAUCAACGACACUCAACAAGCGCAUUGAAGCCAUGAAACAGUACCAAGAGGACGUAGAGGAGAUGAACAGUGUUGCUCGUCACCGACCUCGUUCUGCACUCAUCCUGGGUAUCCAGCAGGAGAACCGACAGAUUAGGGAGCUCCAGCGUGAGAAUCGGGAGCUGCGUGUCGCGCUAGAGGAACACCAGUCAGCAUUGGACCUGAUCAUGAGCAGCUAUCGGGAACAAGUGUGUCGUAUGCUGAUGGCCAAUCGGUUUGACCGGGAUUGCUUGGAGAAACAUGCAGAGUAUCGAGAGAACUCCAUGGCGUCUACGGCAAAGAUUAUUGAGAUGGCUGCUGUCAUGAAGCAGGCCAUUGAAUUAGAAGAGAAAUCAUCGUUUAAUAUUGAGCAGCAGCUGACAAGAUUACAGGUGGAGAAUCGUGGUUUGCGCGAGCUGCUUGAGAUCAGCCGAGCUGUCCACUUCCCCCACAGCCCCUCCAAUCAAGAAGAAAAGAGAGAUAAAGAGAAAGAUCCCAAAUCUACCAUUGUCAUCAACCGCGAAGGUGCCAAUAACCUCUCUGAAAGUAAAUCCCCACCACCAAAAAAAGACCAGUCGACCAAAACGAACAGUGGAACGGGUAGCGAAACAUUGGCUAACGACUCUAAGGAUGUUGGAAACACCAAGGCAAGACCUGUAGAACUCCAAGAUGCAGAUGAACAGGGGGUCUUCAAAAGAGAUACGAGCAGUACGGGUACCGUGGGCGGAGAUAAAAAAGGGGAUGAUGCUGCGCAAGGUGAGGGCGCUAUUGAUCUGGAGGUGGAGAAUGUCCUCAAUGAUUUCGCGGACCUGACGGCCAGUUUGGAUAUUGACGAGGACGGGGAAGAGUCGGAGGCAUAGUAAUAUCGCAUGCUGACUGGUGAAGUCCCUGUGCGCACAAGCACGCCCUCAAGAGUGGCAUUGAGGAGAGACCAGGCCCACACUUGUCAUUUCCAGAUGACAAUCUGUCCUACUGUGACCUGUAUGCAUGCACAUAGUUGUAACCAUGCCUCGUCAGUCCUUAUGGAUGCUGUCACUAGGUAACAGUGUGCCCUCUGUUGGUCAGUGUAAUAAUGCGUAGAGCCAAAACUGCAUUUGGUAAGAAAGAUAAACACUAGCUAUCAACAGACGUCAUGUUGCAUUGUCAAAGGGUAUAACAGACUUAUAAAAAAUCAGGUGACUUGUUCUAGCGAAGUCCUCAGCAUUGCUCUUUCAGGGUACAGUCCACUUUCUGAAACACAAACUAAAUCUUUCUGGUCCAUUAUCUUUCAAUUUCUUUUCAGUUUUUGUGGGUUAACCAAUUAUAUUUUUAUUCAUUCCCACAAAACAAAAUCACCCCAAAAAGUGAUUUAUCCAAAUUCUGCUUGCAGCCAUUUUUCAAGUGGCAACCCUCAACUUUCUCUGGCACUUAGGACCUUUUUCAACCGUACUUUUUAGCCAUUUUGCUUUCAUAUGAAAGCCCAAAGACCCAGGGAGUUGAUCCUGGCAAGGAUUUACACAAUCUCACCCUUUCGGUGGCAAAACAAUCUCCUUCUUCUAAAGAUACUGUGGGGGGUACUUUUAACCACUUGCCGCUGGGGGCUCUGGUAGCGGAGCCAUAGGCCUUAUAUUCGUGG